AGAACCGUGAAGUCAAAGAAAAACACGCAAUGGAUACGACUUUCGCCGUUGGCUCCAAUGCGACCACGUCCUUGCCAGUCAGUAAUGGAAGUGAUGUUAUAGUAAUUGACAGGUACUUAUCACCAGCGAUACACUAUGCCUGCGGCAUAGCAAUGACACUCGGUACUAUUUUGGGAAUCUUCGGAAACACGUCAAUUUUGCUGAUGUUCUUAAAAUUCAAAAAUCUACGCUCUACUACAAAUCUGUUUAUUAUGUCCUUAAACGUCUCUGAUCUAAUGCUAGCUGUCUUCGGUUGCCCCAUGUCAGGAAUCUCAAGUUUUGCGCUGAAGUGGGUGUUUGGAGAUGUCGGCUGCGUACUUCAUGGAUUCAUGAUGUAUUUCGCAGGAUUAAGCGAGAUGUACUGUCUCACUGCAAUUGCGAUUGACAGGUACAUAGUCAUUGCUAAACCACUACUGGCACCGGCCAUUACGCAAACAAAGGCUUUGAUAGCAAUAGUCGCUUGCUAUGUUGGUGGUCUUAUGUUUGCAAUGGCACCCUUAUUUGGCUGGAGCAAAUAUACCUACGAAGGGGCAGGAACUACAUGCGGAAUCGACUGGAUAACAAAAAGACCACAAGACGUAUCUUUCGCUAUAACCAUAUUAAUCGCCUGCUACUUAACUCCAGUUGGGAUAAUGCUCUUCUGCUACCUUAACAUUUACCUAACGGUUCUUUCAUCAACAAGAAGCGGAACAUGGGACAAACAGAGCAGCAUAGCAAAACGCAACGCUAGACUUGAACGAAAGAUGGCGCUCAUGACAGUGGCUAUGCUCGGUAAUUUUCUGUUAUGCUGGACCCCUUAUGCUUUGGUCUCCUGCAUCGCAACUUUUGGGGACCCUUACUCAAUGCCACUGCUCUUGGUUCACAUUCCCUCUAUGUUUGCUAAAUGCGCCGCGGUGAUGAAUCCUAUCAUCUAUGUUGGCCUGAACCAACAGUUUCGGGAUGCAUUCCUUGAGAUGUGUCCUUGCUGCAGUGGGAUUGUCGCCUGCUUCGCCAGCAAGUCCGAUGAUGAUGAUGAUGAUGAUGACGCUGAUGCAGGGGAAGGCGCCGGAGGAUCGGGCUAG